ACACUAAUCUGCACCGUCGGCACUUUAUAAGAAUUUCGGCAAUUAAAUUUUUCAUACGGUGUAGAUUUUUCUUAGAUUAGUUUAUAACAAAAGUUUAAAUUAUGAAGAUUUUUAUGCACGUUGUGCUGGUGAUUUUGCUCUUGCAAAUGCACUUGGCAAUUGGCGAUAAAAAGCAGAGCAAGAAAUAUUCCCGUGAAGCUAAUGAACAACAAUACAACACACAACAAAAACAACACAAGUCGAAAGAAAAAUCGUAUGAAGGCGAGUUUAAGCUUACAACUGAGCGAUAUGACCCCGACUUCCGUAAUCUACAACGACCUUUCCGAAUGGCCAAACUAAAUUUGGUCUGGGCUAAGGCACAAAAUAGACUGACUGAGCCAAAACUGAAGUCUUUGUAUAUGGAACUUAAAAUACAAGAUAAGGAAGAGAUCGCAUGGAAACAAUUGAGCUCACAGCAUAAAGAUAAGGAAGGCAUUAAAGAAGCUGAACUACGCCAAAAAUUGGUUGGUAUAAUGAGCACGUACGAUCUGUUGGAACAUUUCGAAGAUACGCAAGAUAAAGACAAGGUUAAACCAUAUAAGAAAUUUUAUGACCCAGAAGAUAACCAUUUGAAUAAAAGUGCAUUUAAGGACAAAAAAUUAAAUCGCCUUUGGGCCAAGGCAGAAGUAGCUGGAUUCACUAAGGAAGAACUGGAUUCACUUAAGGAAGAAUUUCAACAUCAUCAAGAUAAAGUCGAUGUAUACUAUAGUUUAUUGGAAGAUAUAGGUUCCACGAGCGACCCAAAGCAUGAAAAUGCCGUAAAUGAAGAUGAGCUUGAUAUAUUUAACAUGGUCGCAAAUGAUCCCAAUGAAAAUGAAAUUAACACUCCUGAAAUGAAUUUGAAAAAAUAUGAAAGCGACAUAAAUAAAUUGCGCGAUCACCAUCAUGGUAUUAAAGAUCAUUAUGAACGUUUGGAACGUUUGGUUUCUUCCGGACCGCACAGUCAGGAAUUUGUUGAACCAAAAGUACAAGGCCUAUGGCGCGUUGCACAAGCCAGCAAUUUUACGGAAAAGGAAUUGAGUUCGAUUAAAUAUGAAUUGCACCAUUUCGAAAGCAGGCUACUCAAACUUCGCAAUCUACAUGCUGAGCAUGCAAUGCAAAAAGAGAAAUACAAAAAUGAGAAGCAAAAGGACAAAAGCGGUCGCUUCGAAGAUAUGGAAGAUCAUAUUAAGAAACAAACACGUAAAGUGGAAAAAAUACAAGAUAGUAUUGAAAAAACUAUUUUCAGACAUUCGGAGCUGUAAUGUCUUCUUAAAUUGCCAACUGGCGAACUUUUCAACUUUUUGCAAUAAAUUCGAAUAAACUAAUUUAAUAUUUAAGUAAAUAGAUGCCAAAUUUGAAUAAAUAUAAUGUAUAUAGGGCUCAUUAAUCUUAUUUUAUAUAAGAUAGUAUAUACACGAAACCGUAUGUAUAUAUGUACAUUAACUUCUUCAUAUGCUAUUUUGAUACUGUUGAAUUCAUCUCUGCCAAAAGAUCUUUAAUAAUAAAAAUAUAAUUUUUCAUGUUAAAAAGUA